ACCACCGCCACCACCAACAACAAUUCAAAACCUUCGAGUAACUCGAACUCUAUAAAUCAAAAUCUUUUGCCAUCCUCCAUGCAACAACUGAACAAAUCAAAUCAAUCUACAACACAACAGUCUGCUGCCGCUUCAUCAUCGCAAGCUACGGGCGUGGGUGCCGCCGCAUCAUCAACAUCAUCAUCAUCAUCAGCCGCCGGCAGUCAUCAGAAGAAUAAUCAUCAUACGCAGCAUAAUGUACAGGUGCAGUCGUCGAAUCACAAUAAGAAAAAUGAAGAUGCUCCAAAUAUUUUGGUUUAUAAAAAGAUGGAGGCGGUCAUAGAAAAAAUGCAAGCCGAAAGCACUGGCGUCUCGGUGCGCACCGUUAAAGGAUUUAUGACAAAAGUUCCUUCGGUAUUUACGGGUGCCGAUCUAAUAUCAUGGAUAUUGAAAAAUUUAGAUGUAGAAGAUGUUACCGAAGCAUUGCAUUUUGCACAUUUAUUGGCCUCACACGGUUAUAUAUUUCCUAUAGAUGAUCAUCAGUUGACGGUGAAGAAUGAUGGGACAUUUUAUAGAUUUCAAACUCCCUAUUUCUGGCCCUCUAACUGUUGGGAACCCGAAAACACUGACUAUGCGGUUUAUUUAUGUAAACGCACUAUGCAAAAUAAAACCCGCUUGGAAUUGGCCGAUUAUGAGGCAGAAAAUUUGGCAAAAUUACAAAAAAUGUUUUCAAGAAAAUGGGAAUUUAUAUUCAUGCAGGCUGAAUCCCAAAGUAAAGUGGCCAAAAAGCGAGAUAAAUUAGAGCGCAAGGUAUUGGACUCACAAGAACGAGCCUUUUGGGAUGUACAUCGGCCCAUGCCGGGCUGUGUGAAUACCACAGAAAUUGAUAUUAAAAAAGCAUAUCGUCGUGGCUGUUCCAGUCAUGGCACCGGCUCGGCCGGAGCAGCAGUAACGAAAAAUCCUAUAGAACAAUUAACGCGUAUUAUAACGUUGCGCAAACAGAAAUUGGAACGCAGAACUAUAAAAGUAUCAAAAGCAGCGGAAGCAUUGGUAUCUUACUAUGAGCAAUAUAAUGAAUUUGAUUACUUUAUAACCUCACCAGAAUUGCCCAAUCCCUGGCAAACUGACAGCACAGAAAUGUGGGAGGCAGAGAAAACUAGCAAAGAGGUGCCCAUGCGCCGGGUCAAACGUUGGGCCUUUAGUAUGCGAGAGUUAUUGAAAGAUCCCAUGGGUCGUGAACAAUUUGCCAAGUUCUUGGAAAAGGAAUACAGUUAUGAAAAUUUACUCUUCUGGGAAGCUGUACAAGACAUGAAAGCUUUGCCCCAAACCGAAAUCAAAGAAACCAUACAACGUAUCUGGAAUGAAUUCCUAGCACCCGAUGCUCCUCGGGCCGUCAAUGUCGAUUCUAAAUCGGUGGAAUUGGCCAGAGAGGCGGUAAAUUCACCCAAUGGCCCCAAUCGCUGGUGUUUCGAUGUGGCUGCCGCCCAUGUUUAUCAUCUAAUGGAGAGAGACUCCUAUCCCCGCUACUUACGUUCGGAAAUGUACAAGGAUUAUAUCAAUUGCUCACGCAAGAAGGUCAAGUCUAUACCAAAUCUGUUUGGGGUGAAACGCUGAAGUGUGGUUCCCGCGGUUGGCAUAACAACCGCGGCUCAUUCCUCAUCCUUAUCAUCACAAGGCGGCCAGGGAGGAGGUACUGGGGCCAGUACCUCCU